ACUGCACUCCCUCACUCCUCCCACCCACAACACAAACCUCUCUUGAUUUGUGAGACUCAGAGAAAACAUGGAGACCUUUCCAGUUAUUGACAUGGGAAAGCUUAACACCGAAGAUAGAGCUACAACCAUGGACAACAUCAAACAUGCCUGCGAAAACUGGGGUUUCUUUGAGUUGGUUAAUCAUGGAAUCUCGAUAGAGUUGAUGGACACGGUGGAAAGGCUAACAAAAGAGCAUUACAACAAGUGUAUGGAGCAAAGAUUCAAAGAAAUGGUGGCGAGAAAGGGUUUGGAGUCUGCUGAGUCUGAAAUCAGUGACUUAGAUUGGGAAAGCACCUUGUUUCUGCGCCAUCUUCCUGUUUCAAACAUGUCAGAGAUCCCUGAUCUGGAAGAUGAAUUCAGGAAGGCAAUGAAGGAAUUUGCACUGCAACUUGAGAAGCUGGCGGAGUUGCUUCUCGAUUUGCUGUGUGAGAAUCUUGGGCUUGAGAAGGGGUACCUGAAGAAGGUGUUCAAUGGAUCUAAGGGCCCAAACUUUGGAACCAAAGUUAGCAACUACCCUCCUUGUCCCAAGCCCGACUUGAUCAAGGGCCUCAGAGCCCAUACUGAUGCCGGUGGCAUCAUUCUUCUCUUCCAAGAUGACAAGGUCAGUGGACUCCAGCUUCUUAAGAAUGGAAACUGGAUUGAUGUCCCGCCAUUGCGCCAUUCCAUUGUUGUCAAUCUCGGCGACCAACUAGAGGUGAUUAGCAAUGGUAAAUACAAGAGUGUGAUGCAUCGUGUGAUUGCUCAAACGGAUGGGAACAGAAUGUCGUUGGCUUCGUUCUACAACCCAGCCAAUGAUGCAGUGAUUUCUCCGGCACCGGCGUUGGUGAAGGAAAACGAGAGAAGCGAAACAAUAUACCCUAAAUUUGUGUUUGAUGAUUAUAUGAAGUUAUAUGCUGGCCUUAAAUUCCAGGCCAAAGAGCCAAGAUUUGAAGCUAUGAAGGCUGUGGAACCAAAUGUUAACAAUCUGGUGGGUCCCAUUGCAACUGUCUAAACCUGAAAGAACCAACUUUGAAGCAUUAUUGUAUACUAUUUAUGUAAUGCUGCUGUCAGUGUCUUUUUUAUAUAUCAUUGGUUGAUGUGGAAGCGGGAUCACGCACAUGUGUAGCAUAUCAAUCUAGUACUAUAUUGCUUAUAAUAAACUUACAUUGAUGAAAAUAAAAUUAUAUUAGAAAAAUGAAAAAAGAUGGAGAUAUUUCCAAAUAGAUGUC